AUGCAGCGGUGCGUUACGCAAGCAGCGUAUCCGAUUACGGCGUUACUACUUCUACUGAUACUCGUUGUCGGCACAACACGAGCAGACUACCGCUAUCCGUCCCAGGAGGAGGCGAGUUGUCCCCGUCCAGGAUGCGUAUGCAACAGCACGCACGUCACGUGCCUGGGUUCCCACUUCAGGAAUUCGGACGUGUUCCAACAGAUCCAUGAACGCGCUUUUCCGCAUAUGGACACAUUGAUAAUGACCGGAAACAGUUUCGGUGACAUCUCGGACGGUCUCUUUACGGAAGGUGAAAUUCAUCAGAGCUUGUCGCUACUGAAUUUAUCCCACAAUGGCAUCACUAAAGUAGCAUCGGAUACAUUUAAAGGUGCACCAGCUGUGCAAUUCUUGUAUCUCAACGAUAACGACAUCAAACAGGCUGGACCAUACACGUUUGAGCCGAUGGAGAGGUUACGAAUUCUGGAUAUGAGCAACGCGCUCGGACGAAGGCCAGCUGAUUCUAAGGCCGAUCUGAUUUCGGUUCUCUUUGAAGUGCGAAAAAAAGGUUUCGUCGAGUUAGCCGAAUUGAAGAUGUCCAACAACGAGAUCCAAACAUUGCACAAGGACUCAUUCUGUAAGGUCAUUGGCUUGCGGCGACUUGAUCUAUCGAACAAUAAUAUUAGUGCCUUCGAAGUUGCACCAAAUUGUCUUCGUUCGCUGGAAGCUUUGGAUCUCAGCAGGAAUCAAUUUACCAGUAUUCCCGCUUCUUUGUGGGAUUCGUUGGAGUCGCUGAGCACUCUGGAUAUUUCCGGCAAUCCGCUGCAUUGUGAUUGCGCUCUUCAACCGUUCUCCAAUAUCGCUCGACAGGAAAAGUAUAGUUUUUUGAAUCAGGGUAAAACGAUCUGCGCUUCUCCACCAAAUCGAGCUGGUCAGAAUCUCUUCGAGCUAAAAGAGGAUUUGUGUCGAAGCAGCGGCUGGGGUCUUGGCACUCUUAUAUUGCUGGUGGUGGUUUCUGCCGGAGGUCUGUUAGCCUAUCGCUACUACCGUAAUCGUAUUCCGGUACCGCCAGCGUUCCAGUUUGGGUACAGCGGUCUGGACAGUGAUGACGACGCUGUUCGACCGGAAUUUGUCUAG